GAUGAGCGAGGAGGGGGCGGGCGGGGCCCGGCGGAGCGGCGGCGCCUUCCCCAGCCUGGAGCAGAUGGUGGCCGCCAGCCCCGGGAAGACGCCCAUCAGCCUCCUGCAGGAAUAUGGGACACGCUUAGGACGGACCCCCGGCUACGACCUGCUCAAGGCCGAGGGCCAGGCCCACCAGCCCAACUUCACCUUCCGCGUCACCCUCGGGGACAUCAGCUGCACCGGGCAGGGCCCCAGCAAGAAGGCGGCGAAGCACAAGGCGGCCGAGGUGGCCCUGAGGCUGCUCAGAGGUGGGGGGGCCAUGCUGGAGCCCCCGGAGCACAGCUCUCCUUUCCCCCCAGAGCCCCCGGCUGAGCCCGGCCCUGCUGCUGCCCCCCCAGCCCCUGCCGUGCCCCCUCCCUCGCCCAGGGGGCCCCCCCUGGAGAUGAAGACACCCGUGUCCCCCCCUCAGUCGGAGUGUAACCCCGUGGGGGCUCUGCAGGAGCUGGUGGUGCAGAAGGGCUGGCGCCUGCCCGAGUACACGGUGACCCAGGAGUCGGGGCCGGCGCACCGCAAGGAGUUCACCAUGACGUGCCGCGUGGAGCGCUUCGUGGAGAUCGGCAGCGGCACCUCCAAGAAGCUGGCGAAGCGCAACGCGGCCGCCAAGAUGCUCGUGCGGAUCCACAACGUGCCGAUGGAGCCGCGCGACGGCAGCGAGGCCGAGGGCGAGGAGGACCAGUUCAACAUGACGUGCCCCCGGCUGGAGGGGCUGCGGGGCCGAGCCCCCGGCUGUACCUGGGACUCCCUGAGGAACUCGGCGGGCGAGAAGCUGGGGCAGCUGCGGAGCCGGGGGGGAGCCCCCGCCCCGGGGGGGGCCUGUGCCCUCCUGCAGGAGCUCUCGGAGGAGCAGAGCUUCGCCAUCAGCUACCUCGACAUCGACGCGCUGAGCCUCAGUGGGCUGCACCAGUGCCUGGUGGAGCUCUCGACGCAGCCGACCACCGUGUGCCACGGGGCCGCCCCGUCCCGCGAUGGCGCUCGCGCCCAGGCCGCCCGCAACGCCCUGCAGUACCUGCGCAUCAUGGCGGGGGGCAAGUGACCCCCCCGGGGGCGAGUGACCCCCCCCGACACACCCACGGGCGCACGGACACUCCCCAGGACUCGCUGGACUCACGGUGGGGCACCCGGCCCCCACCCACCACCUCCCGGACACAGGGACCCACUUGGGUCUGCGGAUGGACAGACAGACGGACCUCAGGGCCCAGGGGCUCUCUCCGGCCUGGACCCCCCCCAACAGCAGCGCCAGGAGGGUCCCCGGGCACCAUCGGCCCCCAGGAAUAAAGCUGGGGGGGUUUGUA